AAUAUAUUGUUAAUCUUUCUUAAAUUUUGCAAAUUUCAAAGUAUUUUAAAAUUUGUCUUUUCAAACGAAUUUACAGUGAAUACGUAGUUACUCUUUUUGUCCAUAGAUAUCGCAUCAGCUAGGGGAUUUUUGGACUUUGCAAUGUUAAAAAUACUACAAAAGUCAUGUUGUGUGGUUAGUCAGAAACGCAUCAUAAAGUUUUCAAAUUUGAUAGCCGCAAAACUUGGAGAAAAAUAUAUUUAUAUAGCCAGUGACACAAAUAUGUCUAGCAAUACUUUAUUAUAUCAUUCUGUGGAAUCGAUCUUGGAUGUUUUUAAAAAAGAUGAGAAUAAGGAUAUAAAUGGUGUAAAAGAAUUAAUGGCCAUUUAUAGUAACGCUUUUGAACAACAGAAGAAAAAUACAGCUUUAGGUCAAGUAAAACAAUAUCCUUUAAUUGUUUUAGAAGGACUUGAUGGUUCAGGUAAAACAACUAUGGGAAAACGUUUAGCAAAAAAACUGAAUGCAAAACAGUGGCGUACUCCUCCUGAAUCCAUUAGCCAUUUAAGAAAUUUAUUUGAUGAUAAUGUUCUUCGAACAGCAUUCUAUUCUCUAGGAAAUUAUAUUGCAGCUUUAGAGGUGCAAUCAAUUCUAAGAUAUGAACCAGUUGUGAUGGAUAGAUAUUGGCACUCAACUGCAGCAUACGCAAUAGCCCAAGCAGUGGCAGAUGAUCCCGCUAAAUAUAAAAUGCCUCCAAGUGGCCAUCAAAUAUAUUGUUGGCCCAAUGAUUUGUUUAAACCAGAUAUUGUCAUAUUACUUGAGGUUAAUGAGGAUGUUCGCCUUGAAAGACAUUCAAGAAGAAAAACUUAUACAACUCAGGAAGAACUACUGAAAUCUUCAUAUGAUUUUAGACAAAAUGUUCUUCAGGCAUACAAGAAUAUGUACAAUCCUGAAAUAAAAAGUGUUGAUGGAAAUUUUUCGUUUGGUGCUACCUUAGGACAACUUGAACAAGCAGUUAGGCCUUUAUUUUAUUAGAAUAUUCUCCUAAAAAUUCCUGUUUUCUAUCAUCCUAUUAUACUAUUUGAUUAAAUAAAUAUCAUUACGCAUUA